GGCAAGAGCUGUUGCCAUGACAAGCAUUUUCUUUAGAAAGCGCCGCCGUUGAGGCCAUCCAAAGCUUGGGGUUGGAGGGGCACCAACUUCCAGGGGGAACCAUCCCCCCGAGAAGGCGAGCAAGACCACAGACACUCGCCCUGCUCGUCUGCGCCCAUUUUCGUCCAGGAACCUGCGAGGUCCUUCCCAUUGGGAGGACGGGCGGAGGAGACCCAGCCCAUUACCCAGCCCCGGAAAAAAAGGCGAGGGAGCCAAGCCAGCAUCUCUAACGCGGUGGCCACCCUGGGGAGGCUGGUGGGUAGUCACUCCCACCCUCUCUCUGCUUGCUCUGUGGCAACCCGGAGGGAGAGUCCCACUUGGAGAAGCCUGGAUCUUUGCUAGAAAGAGAGAUCCAGUUGUCAUCGGUAUCCAGGGAGCCCUCCUCUACCGCCCCCCCAUGUCCUGUCGCCUGGCUGCCACUGCCGUCGCUGGUGAUUGCCAAGAUUGACUGCAUAGUAACAUGGACAUCCUGUUGACGCCUCCAAAUGACCCAGGCCAUCUGAACUAGGAACCCACCUGCCCUGGACAGCACGCCCACAACCCCCCGGGGAGGCCAAUCGUCGUGACACACGCCCGCCUUCCAUUCCCUUCCCCCAUUCUCUUCCUCCUCGACAGGAGCUGGGCCUGGGGCUGCUGCCCAGAAGCGGACAGCACAAAACAGAGCCAGUCGGACCCCUAACCGCGUCCCCGGAGAGGCGAGAGAGAGAAGUGGGAGCGGGCAGGCCAGAGAGCCCCAUCCGUUGAAGGGCAACUGCCCUCCCUCCCUGGGUGAGGGGCCCGGUAACCGCAGACAGAAUGACGACCCGGGCAGAACAUGCCUUGGUGGCCAACUCCAUGGCCGGCAGCCAGGAAGGGGGGUUUGGCGUCACGCUCAUGGAGCUGAGGAAGCUCAUGGAGCUGCGUUCCACGGAUGCAAUCACCCAGAUCCGAAACCGCUAUGGGGACGUGCAGAAUUUCUGCAGUAGACUGAAAACCUCCCCCGUGGAAGGUCUCUCUGGGAACCCUGCGGAUCUGGAGCAUCGUAGGCAAGUGUUUGGACAGAACUUGAUUCCCCCCAAAAAGGCCAAGACCUUCCUAGAAUUAGUGUGGGAGGCCCUUCAGGAUGUCACGCUCAUCAUCCUGGAGAUCGCCGCCGUCAUCUCCCUGGUCCUGUCCUUCUACCGGCCCCCCGGCGGAGACAACGAAAAGUGUGGCAACAUAGCAGGAGCCCCGGAGGACCAAGAGGAGGGGGACACUGGCUGGAUCGAGGGGGCGGCCAUCCUGUUCUCGGUGGUCAUCGUGGUGCUGGUGACGGCCUUCAACGACUGGAGCAAAGAGAAGCAGUUCCGUGGGCUGCAGAACCGCAUCGAGCAGGAGCAGAAGUUCUCCAUCAUCCGCAACGCGCAGCUCAUCCAGCUGCCCGUGGCUGAGAUCGUGGUGGGGGACAUCGCCCAAGUCAAGUAUGGUGACCUGCUGCCGGCCGAUGGGGUCCUGAUCCAGGGCAACGACCUGAAGAUUGAUGAGAGCUCUCUGACUGGCGAGUCUGACCACGUCAAGAAGUCCUGGGACAAAGACCCCAUGCUGCUCUCAGGCACCCAUGUCAUGGAAGGUUCUGGCCGGAUGGUGGUGACAGCUGUUGGCAUCAACUCGCAGACGGGGAUCAUCUUUACCCUCUUGGGGGCCAGUGAGGGGGAGGGGGAGGAGAAGGAGAAGAAGAAGAAAGGUAAAAAACAAGGAGCCCCUGAAAACCGCAACAAAGCAAAGACCCAGGAUGGAGUGGCCCUGGAGAUCCAACCGCUCAACAGCCAGGAAGGGCAGGACCAUGAGGAAAAGGAGAAAAAGGUGACCAAGGUGCCCAAAAAGGAGAAGUCGGUGCUGCAGGGCAAACUGACGCGCCUGGCCGUCCAGAUCGGGAAAGCUGGUCUGAUCAUGUCGACGAUCACCGUUUUCAUCCUGAUCCUCUACUUUGUGGUUGACAACUUUGUGAUCCAGCAGAGACCGUGGGUCGCCGAGUGCACCCCCAUCUACAUCCAGUACUUCGUCAAGUUCUUCAUCAUCGGCGUCACCGUGCUGGUGGUGGCUGUGCCAGAGGGCCUGCCCUUGGCCGUCACCAUCUCACUGGCCUACUCUGUGAAGAAAAUGAUGAAAGACAACAACCUGGUGCGGCACUUGGAUGCUUGUGAGACCAUGGGCAAUGCCACGGCCAUCUGCUCCGACAAGACCGGCACCCUGACCAUGAACCGCAUGACCGUGGUCCAGGCCUAUAUCGGGGGCACCCACUACCGUAAGAUCCCGAAGCCCGAUGUCAUCCAGCCCAAGGUCCUGGACCUCAUUAUCAAUGGCAUUUCCAUCAACAGUGCCUAUACCUCCAAGAUUAUGCCUCCAGAGAAGGAGGGGGGCCUGCCUCGGCAAGUGGGGAACAAGACCGAGUGUGCCCUGCUGGGUUUCGUCACGGACCUGAAGCACGACUACCAGGCCAUCCGCAACGAGAUGCCCGAGGAGAGGCUCCACAAGGUGUACACCUUCAACUCCGUGCGCAAGUCCAUGAGCACCGUCAUCAGGAAGCCCAGCGGGGGCUUCCGCAUGUUCAGCAAGGGCGCCUCCGAGAUCCUCCUGCGCAAAUGUAAUCAAAUCCUGAACAAAGAUGGGGAAGCAGUGCCUUUCAAGAACAAGGACCGAGAUCAGAUGGUGCGCACCGUCAUCGAGCCCAUGGCCUCUGAGGGGCUCCGGACCAUCUGCAUCGCCUACCGGGAUUUCGACGAUGCCGAGCCCUCCUGGGAAAAUGAGGGCGAGAUCGUCAUGGAGCUCACUUGCAUCAUGGUGGUGGGCAUUGAGGACCCAGUGCGCCCCGAGGUGCCUGAAGCUAUUGCCAAAUGCAAGCGAGCUGGCAUCACUGUCCGAAUGGUGACAGGGGACAACAUCAACACAGCCCGGGCCAUCGCCACCAAAUGUGGCAUCCUGGUACCUGGGGAAGACUUCCUGUGCUUGGAAGGCAAAGAAUUCAACCGGCUCAUCCGUAACGAGAAGGGCGAGGUGGAGCAAGAAAAGCUCGACCAGGUCUGGCCGAAGCUCCGAGUCCUGGCACGCUCCUCCCCGACCGACAAGCACACGCUGGUGAAAGGCAUCAUUGACAGCACUGUGGGGGAGCAGCGGCAGGUGGUGGCUGUCACUGGGGAUGGCACCAAUGAUGGGCCCGCUCUGAAGAAAGCAGACGUCGGUUUUGCCAUGGGCAUCGCGGGCACAGAUGUGGCGAAGGAGGCCUCGGACAUCAUCCUGACCGACGACAACUUCACCAGCAUCGUCAAGGCCGUGAUGUGGGGGCGCAACGUCUACGACAGCAUCUCCAAGUUCCUGCAGUUCCAGCUGACGGUCAACGUGGUGGCCGUGAUCGUGGCCUUCACUGGGGCCUGCAUCACGCAGGAUUCGCCCCUGAAGGCCGUGCAGAUGCUGUGGGUUAACCUCAUCAUGGACACUUUCGCCUCGCUGGCCCUGGCCACAGAGCCCCCGACAGACUCCCUGCUGAGGCGGCGCCCCUACGGCCGAAAUAAGCCUCUGAUCUCACGCACGAUGAUGAAGAACAUCUUGGGCCACGGAAUCUAUCAGCUCACCAUCAUCUUUCUCCUGGUCUUUGCUAUCCACGGCGAGAGGAAUGUCUUCGCGGGCAUCUUCCGCAACCUCAUCUUCUGCUCCGUGGUCAUGGGCACAUUCAUUACCCAGAUAAUCAUCGUGGAAUUUGGUGGCAAGCCCUUCAGCUGCACCAACCUCACCCUGGCCCAGUGGUUUUGGUGUCUCUUCAUUGCGAUUGGAGAGCUGCUGUGGGGCCAGAUCAUCUCCUCGAUACCCAACAAGUCCCUGAAGUUCUUGAAGGAGGCCGGGCAUGGCACCGCCAAAGAGGAAAUCACCAGGGAAGCAGAGGGCAUGGAUGAGAUCGACCAUGGGGAGAUGGAGCUGCGCCGAGGCCAGAUCCUCUGGUUCCGGGGCCUGAACCGCAUCCAGACUCAGAUCGACGUAGUUAACACUUUCCAGACGGGCGCCUCCAUUAAGGGAGUCCUAAAGCGACAGACCCUGGGUCAGCAGCUUGAUGUAAAACUUGUUCCUAGCUCGUCCCAUGACUCAAUCAAGGUGAUCAAAGCAUUCCAUAGUUCCUUCCACGAGAGCUUCAUGACCGCCGCCCACCAGAACUCCAUCCACAACUUCAUGAACCAACCCGUAUUCUCCAUAGACGAGGAGGGGCCGCAGACACCCACCCUGGAUGACCAAGAUGAGGAUGUUCCUGCAAAGGGCUUCAAGUCUGAGACGAAGGUGUUCCCCAUCGAUGACGAGGUCACCCCAUACGCCAACAGAAACAACAACGCGGUGGACUGCAGCCAGGGCCAGGUCACCACCUCCCGCUCUGGCAGCCCUGUCCACAGCCUGGAAACAUCCGUGUGAACUUCCCGAGCUCUGACUCCCAUCCCUGCUUUCUCUGUCUCCUUUUCCAUCUAUCCUGUCUGUACGGUAACGAUGGGUCAGCUGCUCACGUGUACGUCUGAACCCCACCUGACCAUGGAGAGGGAAAAGCCGAGACCGACAAAGAUUUCGCUGAACUUGAGUCAGGGUUUGUAGCGGGACCCCCAGCAGCCCCCAGGCAGGCAACGGGAGGGUCUGUCCUCAGCGUGACCGUUGUUAACGAAAGACAUGACGACACUCCUCUUGACAUCGCUCUGACCCAAGUCCUCCCCGCACGGUCUCAUGCAUUUUGCCCUCUCCUGACUUCUGGAGCCUGCCACUUUCAAGCCGAGCCGCAGGUUCAAAGCGACACAAAUCUCGCCCAAUGAAAUACACUGAAGCAGGGGAGGAGAUGCACAGAAUCAGCCUGCAGAGCGAUUGCAUUUUAAACAAUUCUUUCGGUGUAUACCGAAAGCCCCCUAGCUCUUUUUUUUGGCCUGUCUGGUCACACCUCCCCGAGGCCCUUUGGAUUUUAUGUCACCCCAGUCUUCCUCCCCUCCACCGUUUUGUGAAUGAGUGUGUGCGCGUGUGUCUGUGUGUGUGUGUGUGAGAGAGAGAGAGAUGCAUUAGAAAACAGAGAGAGAGGGCCCGGGCGAAUUCCAUACAUUUUGACAAGUCUCCUGGCUGGGCCCAGUGGGACCCUGGGUUCAGUCCUGAAGGCAGACCGGUCCUCUGCCGAAAGGGUCCUUUAAAGCCAUCGGAAGUCUGCGCGGACGUUUCCCUGCGGCUGCCAGGUUGCCCUCUCCAUCUAACCUGUCAGGGGUGGGUGACUUUCGAAGUGCCAGAGAGAGCAGUCUUGACCAUGAAGCGUAUGUGUGGUGUGUCGUGUGCCACUCCCACCCCCACCCCCCGGCCCAAGCCUCCCCUGAUUCUAAAGUGUUGGCCCAAGAAUGGAUGUGGGUAUGAACUUGCUCUUCACUGGACUUAAAUACCAAGGACCAGCAGCUGGCAGAUCUCGGACCGGGCUGUCCGUGAAAGCAGACUUGCGGGCCUGUCUUGAGGUGACCGCUUACUGCCAGCUAAACCAAAGCCCCCCAGGGCAGGAUCUGAGUGUUGAGUGAGUUGAGCCCACAGAAGCCUGGCAGGGGAAGGCACGGAGCUGGGGCCAUCCCAGCAGGGUCUGGGCAAACCCACUGGCAGGGACCAUAAACCUUGAGCCCAGGUGCCGGGGCACCAACUUUAAUGUGCUCUGUGGUUUCCUUAUUCUGCCCCUUGCUGGGUCCUAAAAACUCGCCCGGCCUCUGAGAAGAUCCUGGCCUUUCUCAAACCUUCCGAUUUGGAAAAUACUGUAUACCAAAUAUGCAGGCCUCCGGUGACAUUCUGUGGACUUAAAGGAACAUGGAAUAGCUCUCCAUCCACCUCUCCUCUCCGCCCUCUCCUGUCUCCCACUCAAGCCCUCCCUAGCCACACACCACUGCCCGGCCUAGCCCUGUGUCCUUUCCCUCAACACCGCCGGAAGCAUGCCAACCGGCUGCCCCUGGAAGUUGCGGACUUUGCUAGGAGAGGCUCUUCUGCAAGUGCUUCUGAGCGGGACCACGUGGAGCCACGUUUCUCUUUGCUCCUCUAUGGCCCCUGCUCCUGUUGACUCACCCUCCGUGGGGUAGAGGGGUUAGCGCACGUGGGCCAAUUCCCAUCUCCCAGGAGCUCAAGGAAACCUCCCUCUUUCUAGAAAGAUGGGACUAGCUUUUGGGAACUGUCACAUUUCCAUCUGUGAGAAAGGUGCCUGGACCUCCCCCCCCCACCCCCACCCCAGUCUCUCCUUCUGGAUCCCAGGCCGGGAGUGGGGGGGGGGUGGCCGGCGGCGCUAUUGAGCAGAGCUAAUUAAUACUCCCUACACACGCCCACCACUACACCACUCACCACCGCAAGCACUGGGGGACAGUCAGUCUUAGGUUUGCGACCAGCACCGCUGCAGUGGCUCUCAUCCUGAAAGCCCGGGGGCAGAGGAAGCUCACUGCAGACAUUAGGUGGUCACUUACAUGUUUAUUGAGUGCAUGCGGAGAUUUCGUCCCUUCUGGUCUUUUAGUACCUCAGAUCCGUCCUUAAAAUAAGCCAAUCACAAAGUCUGGAGGCUCUUUUACCAUUCCUGCGCCUCAAAGACCCUCGUGGGGCCUGACAGGUUACUCCUGAGGUUUGGGCCGACUUUUUUUUUUUUAAGUCAACGGUUUUGUUUUUCAUUUUGUUUUAUUUGUGUGUGUGCGUGUGUGUGUGUG